CAACAGGUACAACAUGGUCCAGCACCUGAACGCACACAGCGGCAAGGCGAAACGAAGCGUGAAAAUGUUAAAAUGUCCUCACUGUGAUCAAUGCAGCGAUCGGUAUACUCAGCUGAAAAAACAUUUGGAAAAGUAUCACCCGGACAAUGCAGCCAGCACGCUGGAAUCGAUGCAGAAAGCAAAGAUCAAACCUAGUAUGGCAGGAACGUAACCACCAGCAAGCUAAGUGUUUAGUAGAUCGUAACGAAAUAAAACUUUGGCAGCUAGUAGCGCAUCUUCAUUGCGCUGCCAGAACUGCUCAUCACUGUGAAGAAUAAGCCUUACACCUCUCAUAGACACAUUUUCGAGCCGAACGCUUUACUUUAUCUUUCUAAUCAACACCGUUUGCCGAUAAGUGCAACGAUAAAGGAGCGCACACGUCCGAACCACCGCCGACGACAGUGCACAGUAAAUACACAGGCGACGGGCAAAGCAACAGUGUCGCUGAUUUUCGCAUUGUAUUCCCCCAUUGGGCGUGGUAAAUGAGUGACAGCAAAGUGAUGGACAGUGAUUGGAAUACGGAAACUUACCGUACGAUCCCGCAGAUGGAGCUUGCGGAACCACCUGAGACCAAGGACACCCGGAGCGAUGGGCCCCGGCACCAGCAGAAGAGCCCCCAGGGCAAUAUGUUCGUGCAGAGCAUGUUCGACAUGACGCUAAUAACGAUCAAUUUUUGCCAAAUAUGCUACAUACUGAAGGUUGGCCCCGGUUUGGGAUGGCUGUACUACUUUCUACUCGGUCUGUUCGGUGUGUCGCUCGUGGUGCUGUUCAUACACGGGUUCAUGGGAUUGUGCGGACGGUUUCGAUGCAGCAAACCAAUCCCGAUCGGCUGUUUCAACUGCCUGUACAACACGUCCAUGUUUAUGGUGGUGAUUGUGUACAUGGUCAAUCUGGUUGGGAGCGUGCUGAUGCUGAAGGAAGCCGAGAACAAGUGCCAACUGAUGCUGGAGCAUACGAAAUCGAUCAUCUCUCCGGUGGUCGAUUUGCCACAGCCUGAUUUGAGCUCAUAGUGUGAUUCCACUUGUUUCGGUUGACAUUAUCCUUACAGAAGAAUGCACUAUAGAAGAUUGUUGCUUUUCA